AUGCUAUCAAACCCUCACUUAAGCAACUAUAUAAGGUUUUUCUAGAUUAUCUCAGAUAUGGAACAGGAAUGUCUGAUUACAUAGAAAGAGAAGCACCAAUUAAAGGUGAAUCUAACUCUCAAGGACAUGCAAUUGGUUAACAUGAUUGCACUCAAUACAGAUGCCGAUGACGAAGAGUUCAAAUACAGCAUAAUCAACUAUUUGAGGAAGCAAAACUAGUCUCCUCGUCAGAGACAGGGGUAGAAGAUAAGAUGCAAGUCAACAGGGAUCGAAAUGAGUCCAAUACGUUUGAUGAGACGCAAUUCUGUGAGCAAGGAAUCCAAGAUCACAGAGGAACAGUUGAUGCAACAAAUUGAUGAUUUGAAUGACUCGCUUGUAAUGAUUCUAUCGAAUGAGAACAAAUGUAUUCUCACGCACCCGGUAACUGAGAAAUUGAAGAGCAUCCUCGAGGUAAUACAAAAGACGACCAUUUCAUCACCAUCUACGACAAACACUAAAACACUGUAAGUUGAUGAAACAGAGAAUUGCAAAAUAGUAGACAAAUUUACUCAGCUCUAUUCAGACAUGAAAAAACAUUACACCGAUUAUUUGAACUGCCAUCUCCUAUUAAUGGACAACAACCUAUCCUACGAGACUCUGGUUCAAAGUGUCAGAGUUUUUGUCAAACGAUUAAUCGAUUCCGAUUAGAUAACUUAUUUGCACAUCCGAGAGGAUCAAUCACAACAGACAUAUUACUCAGUUGAAGACUAAUACAUCAUCACAAAUGAUAAGUAAAUCUACAACGAAACUUAACUGAUUCAACCCAACAAAGUUUUGCUCCUAGAUGAAUGUAAUUUCUAUCCUGCCUUGAGUGAAUAAUUCAAGAUUAAGUUGUACAAAAGGAAUUAUUUGAUCAAAUUGAAUAAUCAGGAUGUUUUCGUCUGUUUUCAUCUGAGUGAUCAAACAUCCAUCAUCAGUGAAUUUCUAGCCUUGGCAGAUGAAUUCGAUAUCUUCGAAGAUCUCAAUUAACUGUGCACCUUCUUGAUUGAGACCAUCAAACAGGCCAAAAUCCAGAUAUUUACUCCACUCCAACUCUCACACAUGAUCCAAGGUAUUGGCAUUGCCUUCAUUCGAAGUUCCAAGUACUUGUUCAUUAAGAAGUGCAUCCAUAUCUUGCAAUCAAAGUACCAAGUUGAUAUUCACAUCAAUACUGGAGAUGCAAUGUCUAUAAUUAGUAGUCCAAGUUUCUUCUAUGGCACUUAGAAAUAAGUGGAUUUCGAAUUCAAAGAUGAACUCAAUGUAUCCAUCACCAUCAAUGGCAUGGAUCUGAAUAGGAAGGCAGAUCUAAUGGUCUACAAAUAACUGACUCAAAGUUUCAACAAGUAUCUCAAAUUCAUCAGACAAUGUUAUGACCGAACCACCUUCUACAAGUUCUUUGUGAAAUCGCAAGACACACUCAUUUUUGAAUUUGACAAGUUGGGCAGACUAAUCUUCCUGUCUCGACCUAUCCCUUUAGAAAUCAAGAAGGAAUUCAAUAUAGAUUUUGAUCCCAAAAAAACCAAAAUGACCUAUCAACAACUAUUCCAAAAUGAGGAACUGCUCAAAUAUAUCGAGAAUUUCCUCCAAGAAUAAAACAUACUCAGAGACAGUGACCAACAAUACCAGGUAUUUAUGAAAAUGGAAGAACGCAGUUUCAAAGGAUUUUUCAUUAUUUUUUAACAAGGCUGGUUUAAAUAUGAUCAGAAGAAGUUUGAUCUCAACGACCCUUCCCUCUAAAAGGAAUUGCAGAAAUAAAUCAUUCAACAAGAAACCAUAAGAUUUAUUGACAAGCUCGAAUAAAAUAAUCCUCAAAUUUUGAAUUCUGUUGUCUAGAUGUUCAAACCAAGAUCCACUUAAAGACAAACUGUUCAUUACAGGAAUUCCAUUCUGCAAUUUGAACCUGCAAAACUUGGAGUCCAACACAAAUGUUCAUUACGAUUGGAAGACUUAAGUACUUAAUGCACAGUUCCCAAUAUCAAUAAUUUUAAUUUCAAUAUCCUGUCAGUGGAUGAAAUGGUUUAAAAAUAAUUGGUGGUGGUUGAAAUCUUAAAACAUCACAACUUGAUCAAAGAGUAUGAUGUACCCUUGGAUACUCUUUGUUCAUUCCUUAGUGAAAUCGAGUAUAAGUACAAUAAGAAGAAGAAUGUGUUUCAUAAUUAUGAUCACGGUGUCUCUGUUAUGCAGAAUAUUCAUGCCAUUCUAUUUUAAUUGCAUUAAACUAAUAAUGCUUCUAUUUUAUCAACCUUCAAUCAAUUUGCGUUAUUAUUGUCUGGAUUAUGUCAUGAUGUCUCUCACACUGGGAGAACCAAUACUUUUGAGAUCAAUAGCUUAUCAAAUUUAGCCAUAAGAUAUCACGACAGGAGCGUUUUGGAGUAGCAUCAUGCAGCCAAAUCUCUUAAGUUGCUUUGUGUACCUCAUACAAAUAUUCUGUAAAGUUUGAAAGGAGAAGAGUUUCGAAAAUUCAGGAGGAUGUUCAUUUCCAAUAUUCUAUUCACCGACAUCACAGAACAUUUCAAUUUGAUUAAGAAUUUUGAGACCAAAGUAUUAGAAUAGAAUUUUGGAUCGUAAGAUGAGGACAUCAAAUUAUUAAGUGGCAUGAUCAUUCAUACUUCAGAUUUCACAGGAGGAGCUAAGCAAUUCGAGUUGUCCAAGCAAUGGUCAUUUAAGGUGAAUAAAGAGUUUGAAUAGCAAUAUGAAUUAGAAGGUUAAUUGGGAUAUCCCCAAUUACCAUAUAUGAAGGACUUGCAGAAGUUACCUGUGAUGGCAAAACAAGAGGCUGGGUUCUUUAAGUUUAUUGUUCGACCAUUGUGGCAAUCGAUGUCCAAAUACUUAGAUAAUAGGUUAUAAGAAUAAGUUGAUUAUCUUGAUGAAACAAUAUAAAAGUGGGAAGAAAUUGCUAAUUCUGAAUGA